AUGGACCCACAGCAACGCCUGCUUUUGGAGGUGUGCUUCCACCAGGUAGUGCGAGGCCUUGAUACCAGAAGCCGCAACUCUGCACCGGAGAGCGCUGUGUAUGUUGGCAUUCAACAAAUGGAGUAUGGCAACCUCGCACGUCCCUACCUUCAUACUAUUGGCCCUUACUCAGCUACUGGCGGAAGCUUCUCGGUGGCGGCUGGCCGGCUGUCUUUUGUCUACGGCUUCAAAGGACCAGCAGUCAGCAUCGACACUGCGUGCUCAUCAGCACUGGUGGCCACUCACCAUGGCAUGGCUCAAUUACGAAGCUUGCCACAGUGGGCCGUACUUGCAGCUGGCAUCAAUCUCAUGCUCUCAGAGGCUACCACUGCUGCCGCUCAGUCGGCCGGUAUGCUAACACAAGAUGGGCGCUGCAAGACACUGGAUGCUGGAGCUGAUGGGUACGCGCGUGCCGAAGCCUGCACCGCCCUGAUGUUAGCAGAUGGCGCAGAUCUGUCAAAUCACAUUGAGGCAGCAUACCUUCAAGCAACAUUUAUCAAUCAGGAUGGGCGCAGCAGCAGUCUGACUGCACCCAAUGGACCCAGCCAGCAAGCCGUGAUUCGUGGUACUUUGCAAGCAGCAAGUUUGCAACCCAGGGACAUAGUGGCGUUGGAAAUGCAUGGCACAGGUCCUUCACCCUCACUUGCAUUUAAUUUGUUGCAACUGCGUGCUGUUUCAAAAGAGGCCGGCCUUAGGAUUUGCUGUCACGCGCCAGCUUGUGGCAUGCUGUCAGCAUGA